GCCCGUCACCAUGGAGACGGCGAGCGCCCUAUAAAGAGCGGCGAGGGAGGCCCUUCUGUUUUCAGUCCGCCUCUGGCUUCCUGGGUGUGCAGGUCUUUGCACGCGGCUCCCGUGCCUUCCAUCUUAUUUUUCCUCAGCUAUUAUUUUUUUCUUCUCCUGGGUGCUUUGCGCCUCGAUGGGUACAGAUUUCGUAAAUGCUUUUUAAGAACGCCGACAGCACAGCAGUUAAGAACGGCUCUUUUGAGAGCGUCGGUCUAGUCUUAUACUUGCCGGGCUUCUAUUUCACUGGAGAGCCUCCUUGGGAGCAAAGCUGAGGCUUUCUUUACUAUAAACCCCAUCUCUUACUUGUCCAUUUUGUUGCAUACUUUAUUUUGAACCGUUUUUUUAUAUUGCGACAAUGAACACCUUUGCUUGCGAAGACUUUGACUUCAGCUUUCUGGAAGAAGGCUUUACUGCCCGGGAUAUUGUGGAGCAGAAAAUUAAUGAAGUGUCUCUGUCUGAUGACAAAGAUGCUUUCUAUGUUGCUGACCUUGGUGAUGUUGUCAAGAAGCAUAUACGCUGGUUUAAAGCUCUCCCACGCGUAACUCCAUUCUAUGCUGUUAAGUGCAAUGACAGCAGAGCAGUUGUGAAGACUCUCGCCAUCAUGGGGGCAGGGUUUGACUGUGCUAGUAAGACUGAAAUUCAACUUGUACAGAGUAUUGGUGUGACCCCCGAUAGAAUAAUCUAUGCAAACCCUUGCAAGCAAGUCUCUCAAAUAAAAUAUGCAGCUAGUUGCGGUGUUGAGAAGAUGACUUUUGACAGUGAAGUUGAACUGAUGAAGGUGGCACGGAAUCAUCCAAAUGCUAAACUGGUUUUGCGUAUUGCAACAGAUGACUCCAAAGCAGUUUGUCGUCUUAGUGUCAAAUUUGGUGCCACUCUUAAAACAAGCAGAAUACUUCUGGAACGAGCAAAGGAUCUGAAUGUAGACAUCAUUGGUGUAAGCUUCCAUGUUGGAAGUGGAUGCACAGACCCUCAAACAUUUGUGCAAGCUGUUUCUGAUGCUCGUUGUGUCUUUGAUAUGGGGGCUGAACUUGGAUUUAACAUGCAUUUACUUGACAUUGGUGGUGGAUUUCCUGGAUCGGAGGAUGUAAAGCUUAAAUUUGAAGAGGUAACAUCUGUGAUUAAUCCUGCUCUGGAUAAAUACUUCCCAGUUGACUCUGGAGUGAAGAUAAUCUCAGAACCUGGCCGAUACUAUGUUGCAUCAGCAUUCACCUUGGCUGUUAACAUAAUCGCAAAGAAAGUGAUGCUAAGUGAACAGACUGGUUCUGAUGAUGAGGAAGAUGGUGCCAAUGACAAGACUCUUAUGUACUAUGUAAACGAUGGUGUAUAUGGGUCCUUUAACUGCAUCUUGUAUGAUCACGCACAUGUCAAGCCAGUUUUGCAAAAGAAACCAAAGCCAGAUGAGCAGUUUUACUCCAGCAGUAUCUGGGGACCAACAUGUGAUGGACUCGAUCGUAUAGUUGAGCGUUUUGAUUUGCCUGAACUUCAGGUUGGUGACUGGAUGCUGUUUGAGAACAUGGGCGCCUAUACUGUUGCUGCAUCUUCAACAUUUAAUGGAUUCCAGCGUCCAACACUGUACUAUGUAAUGUCAAGACCUUACUGGCAAUUGAUGCUGAGUAUUAAGGAACAUGGUAUCGUUCCUGAAGUUCACGACUUGAACACUCUUCCUGUGUCUUGUGCUUGGGAAAGUGGACUUGAGCUGAAUCCUACAACCUGCAAUUCUGCCAGUGUUGGUGUAGUUUCCCUGACUCUGUAACUGUAGAAGUCUUCAAUAGUAGCAUAAGGUUUUGGGACCAUUUAAUUUAAUUUUAUUCUAUUUAGAAAUAACUCCAGUGUAUGCAACAAACUGGAUGACUGUGAGAUGGGGGUCACAUUUAACUGUGUUCCUAUGGAAACAACUCUUUUGUUACACAUUUUUAAUUUUAUCGUUUACUUGAGAUACUAGUGCCCUCAAGCAUUUGUAGCUUGAAUGCACUGACAAAAUCAAACCUGCUUUUUUUUUUUACAAAUAAACUUUGAAAGCCAA